UCGUUGAAAACAGUUUGGAAACCCGCGGAAUAUUGUGCUAAAUUUCAAGCAAGUAUAAGCUUAGAUUUUUUGAUAGACAUGGCUGAUAUUCUGAAAUUUAUGACUUUAGUGGGUAAACUUAAAACUACUAAACGUACUGGUUGGGUAUACCGCGGGGUGAAAUCGCCAGAGAGCGUUUCAGAUCACAUGUACCGAAUGGCUGUGAUGAGUUUUCUCUUGAACAGUCGUGAAGAAGGUUCAAACAUCAAUCGAGAUCAUUGUAUUAAACUAGCGCUGGUUCAUGACAUGGCAGAGUGCAUCGUUGGCGAUAUUACACCAUUCGAUGGAGUGAGCAAGGAAGAGAAACACAAGCGUGAGAAGGAAACUAUGGAACAUUUAUCGAGUUUGGUUGGGGAAGAAGCAGGGAAGGAAUUUCUGCUAUUAUGGAAGGAAUACGAAGCCCAGGAGACUGAGGAGGCCAGAUUUGUGAAAGAUUUGGAUCGAUUUGAGAUGAUUUUACAAGCUCAUGAGUAUGAAGAAAGCGAAGGGAAGACAGGAACUGGAUGGCUUCAAGAAUUCUUUGAUUGCACUAAAGAUAAAUUCCAGCAUGCCAUCGUGAAAGAGUGGGUGGAACAGCUUAAUCGAUUAAGGCACCAGCCAAAAGACUAAAAUAAAGUUAUCAUAUUCUUUAAGUAACAUAUCUUGUGAUAAUCUGGUAAUGUACAGGGUGGUAGUUAGGUUAUGGUUUAGGGUGUGAAUGAAAAGGCUGAGAAUUGUAUAGGGGAGGUGACUGACCCACAUAAGAGAUAGGUUUGGAUGUCAGAUCUUUUGAAAACAUCACAUACAGUGUACCAUGAUGUUUGUGUUGGACAAGCCUUAACUAAAUUGUUCUGUGGCUAAUAAAGGCUGCAAGCCAAGCUUUUUUGGUUAUAAGUGAACCAAAUUUCCAGGAUUGACUGAAGGGAUAUACACUUUCAGGUAUACCCAGGAGAAGGUAGCCUUCAGCAUGAACAGCAUACUCUAAUUGAUGUUGGCCAAGUUUCUACUGAGGGGUGGUAUUAAAUCAAUAGAGAUACAGCGUACCACAUAAGUCCUUUUCAAUGUAGCAGAAAGAAUAAAGACAAAUACAUAGAACCCUACUUUAACCAUCUUUGUCCAAGAUGAUUAAAGGAAAAAUGCAGAGUAAAGAAAGCAAAGAAUUCAAAAACUAAUCUGAAAGUAAAAUAAUUUUAUUUGAAGUAAUCCACUGAAAAUAAUCACAACUAUAUGGAAUUACAUUUUUGGUCCUAUCCUCCACCCAUUCUACAUUAACUGAAGCCAUUGACCAUACCCACAGAAGGAGAGCCAAUUUCAGGACAGCCCUGCUUCUUGGCAAGGCUUAUGAAGAAACAUUCCCCAAGCACUACUCACUAGUGGUAAAUGCCCAAUAAAAUGUAGUGUAAUACAGGCCUGGGGCAAAUUUUAAGCAAAUGACAUCAUCUUGUUUAUGGUGAAAUAAAUAUUCCUAACAAACCUAGAAUUCCCUUCCCAUCACCAACAAUCAAGUGAUGACCUGUGAUUUACCAUCUAGAAAUCCCUCACCUCAGUUCCUCUGGGUUAUCAUUGCUACUCAAAAAAAAAAAAUUUCAAAACUUAUCUGGUAAAAUCUUAAAUGAUGACCAAGAAAAAGUUAAAUAAAGUCAGUAACAGUACAAGAUUUGGUUCUUGUUUACAAUUGAAUAAUAAUAAU